AUGGCGGCGGCGGCGGGGGGCGCGGCGCUGUGGCGGCGGCUGGCGGCCCUGGUGCCGCGGGGGCGGCUCGGCCUGGCCGCGCUGCUCGGCCGCCUCUCGGACCGCCUGUCCCGCGGCCGCGACCGCCGCUCGCGCAGAUCAUCAUGGCUGCUUCUAGCCCCAUUGCUCACCCCUCCUGUUCCUGUGAUCACAGCCCCCCCUUGCUCCCUUUGUCCAGAAGGAGCGCACAGGUUCCAGUGGAUCAGGAAUCUGGUUCCAGAAUUUGGGAUCUCCAGCUCUCAUGUGAAGGUUCUUUCAUCCCCAGCUGAAUUCUACGAACUCUUGAGGAUGCAGAUAAAAACAGCAAAACAGCGAGUGGUGAUGGCCUCACUAUACCUGGGAACAGGGCUCCUUGAACAGGAGCUGGUGGAUUGCUUAGAGGAAGCACUGGAAAAAUCACUGCAAGCAAAAGGAUCUUCUGACCUCAGAGUUUCCAUUCUUCUUGACUUCACCAGAGGGUCUCGAGGCAGGAAGAAUUCUCGAACAAUGCUAAUUCCAUUACUGCAGCGAUUCCCCAAGCAAGUCCGUGUAUCCCUCUUCCACACUCCAAACUUGCGUGGACUACUCAGGCUUCUGAUUCCAGAACGUUUUAAUGAGACUAUUGGGCUUCAGCACAUCAAGGUCUAUCUGUUUGAUGAUAAUGUGAUCCUAAGUGGUGCAAACCUGAGUGAUUUGUACUUCACCAAUCGUCAGGAUCGCUAUGUUCUCCUGCAGGACUCUCCUGAGAUUGCAGACUUCUUCACAGAACUAGUGGAUGCUAUCGGAGAUGUGUCUCUGCAAUUACAGGAGGAUGAUACAGUUCAGAUGAUGGAGGGGAUGGUGCAUCCAUACCAAGGAGACAAGAUGGCUUACUGUGAGAUAGCAAAUCAGAGAGUCAUGGAAGUGAUCAACUCUGCCAGGACGCGUCAAGAACUUCUCCAUGCAAAGACUUUCCACAGUAGCCAGGAAGACAGCCACUUGUUAUCCCAGCAAGACUCUGAAGCGUCUGGGGAUUUAAAACCAGAACAUGAUACCUGGAUUUAUCCUUUAAUCCAAAUGAAACCCUUUGGGAUUCAAAUAGAUGAGAUGGUCACAGAGACACUGCUGACAGAGGCUGAACGGGGUGCCAGGAUAUAUCUUACCACUGGCUACUUCAACCUGACACACACUUAUGUGGACCUCAUUCUAGGCACUAGGGCUGAGUAUCGGAUUCUUCUGGCCUCACCAGAGGUGAAUGGUUUUUUUGGUGCCAAAGGGGUGGCAGGUGCCAUUCCUGCUGCAUAUGUUUACAUUGAACAUCAAUUUUACAGUGAGGUCUGCUGCCUUCACCAGCAGGAGAGAGUUCAGCUGCAGGAGUACUCCAGGACUGGAUGGACUUUCCAUGCUAAAGGCCUCUGGCUAUACCUGGCAGGAAGCAAUCUUCCCUGCCUAACUCUGAUUGGCUCUCCGAACUUUGGGUAUCGAUCUGUUCAUCGUGACCUGGAAGCUCAGAUUGCAAUAGUGACAGAAAAUAAAGAUUUGCAGCAACAACUCCAUCAGGAGCAGGAGCAGCUUUAUCUCUGCUCAGGUGUAGUCUCAUCAUCAACAUUUGAACAGCCAAAUCGUUACGUGAAACUGUGGGUGAAGCUGGUAACACCUCUGAUUAAGAAUUUCUUUUGAAAGAAGAAAUGCUGCUGAUUUGGGUUAAAGGUCCAGACAUAGGUGGGACCUCGCAUCCGUGUCUUAUAGACAGGACAUUCAUAGAUGUUCUUGGUGUCCAUACGGUCCACAGGGAUGGCUCUGAUGAAGAUGACUGGCAUCAUAGGCGUCAACUCCUUCAACCGAGCAUCUGCGAUAACACCAGAGGGGAUGUCCCAUCGAGCACCUGCAAUAUUAUGAAAUUGUCAGUGUACCAGCUACCCAAUGGCUCUUUUCACUUGGAAAGGGCUGUUUUCAGUAGCUACUAAAGGGUGGGAAGGAGUUGAUCUGUAGCAGUACAGUUCCGGGAUGAAGUGUAUAAGUUAGGUAGCCAUGGCUUAGUACUCUUUAGGGCUAACAUGCUAUCGUCUCACUGUGACUCAUGAAUGCAUUUUGCCUUACUAAAUGUGGGAUGUCUAAAUAAAUUAUGAUCCCGCUCCUCCUCCACUCCAGAUUUGCAUGGAAGUUGCAUAGCUGAAAGUACAACUUGGCCACAAUGGGAACUUCAGUAAGCUAUCCUGUGUGGUCUCUGCUAUUACUUGCUUUAAUUGGACCUUCCUGGUGCUCUAUCUCGUUCCUCCUUGGUUUUUUAGCAGUGAUUAUUUUGGGUUUUAAGUUUCUCGAUUUAUCUUAUUCACACAUCAAAUAAAGGCAUAUCUGUUUACCGUUCCACGUAGCCUCAAACAACCCAAUCCUUAAGGUUCAUAUUUUGCAGUCUGAAUUUCAAAAAAACAUUUUCUAGUUUGUAAAACUCUGCUUCUAAAGUGGAUGAGUGCUGCCCUCAGGUGGUGUGUUUGACACUAGUAUGGAAUAAAGGCAGCUUCUACCUGAUGGGGGAUCUGAAUGGUGCCCAUAGUGGAAUCUGGGCAGUAAGUAGUCUUUGUGCUACACAGUAGCAGUUUAAAUGAAGGCUCAUCCAGACAUCUACAGAGAAGAAAUAGACUCUGAGCUGCUGUUGCAAUAUGCAGUAUGUUGUCAGAUUCAGACUUCUCAGUUCAAUUGUAGCUGGUGUAGUGUUUGGCAAAGAAGAAACUAGGGGAAGGGGAGAUACCAAAGCAGACAUGUUUUUGCAUGAAAACAAACCGAUUCAGAAACAGGAGAAAAGCUGAAAUCAGUGCUUUGCUAAAGACAAGAAGUAAUAAAUUAAGAGUCUAAUAGUUUGAAAAUUGGUCUCACUGCUUGGAGUUUUUGCACAUUCUGUUUAAAUCCCAAUUUAAUAAUUUAAUAAGUUAGUGGAUAUUACUGCUUGCUCCAUUUGCAAGAAUUUUUAAGGCUGAACUGGACUUUAUCUGUUCCUAAAACGUCUCAUAAAAGAUGCAGCCUUUUACCUUCCAUGAAUAGUCCAUGUACAUAUGAGCCUUCUCUGGGUGGAGCUGUCAUAUCCUCACGGUUUUUCUUGGUCACUUCCACUGAAAGACACAUCUUGUCCAGUGGCCAUUCAUUUUUUCUAGCCAUAGACUGCAUGAUAGCAGUGAGAAAAGACUGAGGAUUAAAGAAUCCUGCUAGCCACACUGUUGCAGGCAACACAAAGUCCGUUGUCCAGACUUCUAGUUCCUGCAAAAUAAAAUGGCAAAGCACUUUGGAGGAAAGCGUGGUCUUCAGGCAAUGGAAUGUGGCUUUGAAAUAUGAAGCGACAAACAGCCCUUCUUUCACUGUGCCUAAUAUACAAGUUUUGGAAAAUCUUCCAGAUGGGCAGACUAGUUUGUAAUGAGUGUCAGGUUCCACUGCAGCAGUGGAACUUCAACUGUUAAUCUGGAUUGCUGUACAUACUGCUAUUUAUUUUUUAACAAAGCCACAGUUUAAAUACAUGGCUUUAUUAUAUGUCUUUUUGCCUGAGACAUUUAAAGUUGUGAUUAGGUUAUCUAAUGUUUUCUUGAAACGGUGAUUUACUCUAACGGUGAACUGCUCUUUUCAGACUACUGCUUUAAUUGUUGUGGUAACAGGCCAUUUCAGGUACUUCAACCUGCAUAAGCUAAAUGAUGAAAAAUAAAACAGUUUACUACUCCUUACUCUGAUGGGGGUGAUUUCUAGUCUUCUAUGGCAUUCACUUGCUCCCUAGCAACUUAUACCCCCCUCCAAAAAAAAAAAAAAAAAAAAAAAAAAU